AUGCCUAGCAACGGUGACGCGAUCAUUCUUCCUACGGGCACCGUCAAAGGCCUCGCCAACUAUCCGCGCGGUCGUCUUGCGCCAUCUAACACUUACCGUACUUUGUACAUCUCCGGCACUUCUUCCAGGCGCACAGACGGCACUUUUGAUGGCGUCAAAACCAACGCCGACGGCCAUGUUGAGCUAGACGUACGACACCAAACAUCCGCCAUCAUCCGAAACAUAGAAGAAGUAAUCAAAAACGCCACUUCGAACGAAGGCGGGCUCCAAAAUGUCAUCGACGCCACAGUGUUUCUUGUGGACAUGAAGAGCCACUACUCCGGCAUGAACGCUGUCUGGAACGAUAUUUGGCCCAAUGUUGAGGAGGCCCCGGCUCGAACGACAAUAGGAGUAAGAGAGCUCCCCAGUCCAGAAAUGAUUGUUGAGAUCAAGUGCACUGCUGUUGUGGAGGUUACACGGUAG